AUGACCAAGUUCAUUGUGCAGAAGACUCUCCUCCUGCUCUCCCUGCUCAUCCUGGGAACGGUUCAAGCCCAGCCCCUGGAUCAGGAUCAACAUGUGCGGAAGGAGCGACAGCUGAAGGCAGGUGCCGCCACGGAUGCGGAUGUCAAGAUGAUGGCCAAUGUAACGCCAGCCACUCAACCGAUGGGCAUGGCCAUGCCCAUGCCCAUGAACCAGAUGGACUUGAGUGCCGUCGGUGGCCAGCUGGUGCGGUAUCCCAACUAUCCGGGUCUGAUAUACCCAGGUCUAGCUCCAGGACUUUCUACGGGUCCCCUGCCCGGCCUCAAUGGCAUUCCCGGCCUGCAGACAAACAUUGCCAAUAACUAUCCCUCGUAUCCGGAUCCCAAUUUGGCAGGACAAGUCGGUGGCUUUAAUCCCUUUGGAGCUGGCUUUGGCAACUUUGGAGGCUAUCCCGUGCCACAACCCAUCUAUGGCGGCAACUCCCUGAUGUAUCCCAAUAGCCAGCUGCCCAAUGGGUUUGUGCCGCAGCCUUCGGUGGACAAUUUCCAAAACUUAAACAGCAUUGUCAACAUGGCCAAUGUCCAGGGCUUGGGAGGAGCCAGCUCGGGAUUGUAUCCUGCUCCCCAGCCUCUGCCCGUGCAGGUGAACAUGCAGGGACUGUAUCCACCACCCGGUGGCUUCUUGGAGCGCAUGAACAUGCAGGGCUAUGCUCCAGGAUUCUAA